AUGGAAUUUAUGAAUGCAUUAACAUUGGAUAUUAUUUUAUUUGAAAUUCCAUCAGUAAUUAUUGAUCCAUUGAUUGAUCGAUUUGUUAAAUUAAUUGCUAUAAUUUUUCAUAUUAUUGGAUGGUUAGCAUUGGCACUAGUUGCACCUGGACGAGAUGCAUUUUUAUAUGUUUAUACAAGUUUUUCAUCAUUAGCUGGUAUAAUGGUAUUAUUAGCAGCUUAUACAUAA